GCCCUGUUUGCAUCUGCCUCAAUGUCACAGAUGUUGUGGUAGUACUCUAAUGGAUUGUCAGCUGCUUGGAGAAGUACAUCAAAAAACAAUUCUGCACUGGAAUUACAGAGACUUUGACAAAUUUCCUGAUGAACUUCACUGUGCAGAAUGUAUAACAGAUCUGUAUUUAAAAGAGAAUCAUAUCACUACAUUGCCCACUUGGAUAGGUUCACUGAAGCAGCUAACUGGUUUAUACCUGUUUCAAAAUAAGCUGAACUUUCUACCACAUGAAAUAGGUGAUUUGUGCAAUUUGACUGUUCUUGAUGUUGCGCACAACUUCCUGUCUGUGUUGCCAGAAAGUCUUUGCAAAUUAAGAAACCUCCAAGAAUUGUCUCUCUCCAGGAAUAGACUUGUAUAUUUGCCUAAAGAUUUAGGUCAACUCACCUCUCUUCGCUGCCUUCUUGUUGAUGGAAACCACUUAUCACAUUUGCCUAAUAGUAUUGGGCAACUGUCACAACUACAGUGCUUAAAUGUGUCCAGUAAUUUUCUGAAGUGGCUUCCAAUGGUAACACUUCCUGCUGGAUGUGAACUGGAUGUCAGCAAUAAUACGACUCUCACAUUUUUGCCUGCAGAGAUGCUGACUCUUCUCCCAAGGAUAAAAUUGGAUGGGUGCUGCCAGGAAUGGCGCUAUGUGCUGAAAGGACCAAGACUCCUAAUACAGCAGCAAAACAGCAGCUUUGCAAGUAUGAGCUUGCCACUGCCCGCUCCAAUGCUGGGCUGCUGUCGAUGCCAGUGUUCCCAUCCACAGGCUCCACCACUCCAGGAAAUUUGCCUUAGGAAACUACACAGCGUGUUCACAGAUGUGGAGGGUUCCAGACUCUCAGAGCCUGCAGCCUUAUGUGCCCACUGUGGUGUCCCUGUUUAUCUAGUUGGAGCAGCACGAAUCUGGCUGUGCAGUGACGUGGAGCCUUUGCUGGUGAUGGAGCUUCACUGUAGUGUAUACUGUGCACGCUCAUGCAGCACAAUAUUAACCCCAGAACUUAAUUUUCAAUGCUGUACUUACACAGGAUAUCCUAAAAAUUGUGACUGCUUUUCAAGAAACAUCAUACAACACUUUUAAAAUGAAUACAGUGGUGAUACAUUUGGUGUUGUGCACAGGAAUUUCACAGAUAAAUAAAGUCAU